AUGUCUAAACGGCACGUCCUCGUAGCCGACAAACCCAAUGUUCACCAUGCGGACAUCGAGCACUCUGGUAGUCAGAGCACGUUCUUCCGGCGCUGGUUCGCCCUGAUCGCGCUCAAGACCACCGCUCGUUUCUAUCGGCAUCAUGGGCCUUGCUGUCCUAUUUCCCGACAUCUGAUCGUUAAGACAAGUCCGUUCGUUGAUCUUACAGAAGCAGCAACUAUGAAUUUCAUCAAAUGCCAUACCUCCAUUCCUGUGCCACGGGUAUAUUGUUCCUUUAUCCAUGAUAAUCAAGUCUACAUUGUUAUGGAACGAAUCCGUGGGAAAACUCUGGCUGAAGCUUUUGGUUCUCUCGCGGAGGCAGAUCUUACAAGUAUUUGUACGCAGCUGUGGCAGAUGCUGCUGGAGAUGAGAAAGUUGUGCCCGCCAGGCCCCGGAGUUCAAAGUUGCACCGGUGGCUCUUUACGGGACUCGCGCAAUCCCCGAUCCAACCCUAGGUUUGGCCCGUUCAAAAGCAUUCAGGAGUUUCAUCUGUGGCUGCGUGAGGGUCUAAAGGCAGAGCAACCACCAUGUCGACAAAACAUUCAAGAAUGGAGAGAAGUUCAAGAUAUGAUCGCCAUGCAGGACGAACCAUAUCCACCUCUUGUGUUCACACAUGGAGAUCUGAACCCGUUCAAUAUCCUGGUUCGCGGAGCUCAGGUGGUGGGGAUUGUUGACUGGGAGUUCUCAGGGUGGUAUCCACACUACUGGGAGUACACUUCUGCUUGGUGUGGAAAUCGAACCCGAGAAGCCUGGCAAAAAGUUAUCCCAAAGUUCCUUGAACCUGACCCUGACCAUUUGAAGAUGGAGAUUACGCGUCAGAAAUGGUGGGGAGAAUUUUGA